UGUGUGCACGUGUAUGAGCCACCUGAAUGAUGAAGCAAGGUUUGCUCCUGUGAUAUGACUGAUUCCCGACGUUCGGUUCCUUAUGAAGCGAACUGUGGCUCCUCUCUGACCAGAUGCGGGUCUUCGACUAUUCGCCAGUGUUUGAACGAGACUCCUCAGUGCUGAGUUGUUAUGCCACACGCUGCGAGUUACCACGACUCCGCUCAUCUUUGGUAUCUCAAUGACAAGUCGUCGAAAAUUCAUAUUUACGCCACUUGGUCCAAAGUGCGGAAACGAUACAGUAAGGCCAACUUUCUGUCGGAAAACGGCUUUCCAAAAUGUCUGCCUGGCAGAAAUGUGGAUAGAGCCAGGCCACGGGGCCAUGUGUCCUCAGCCCUGAUGUGUUCCACUGCCAUGGCUGCCACAGGAGACAAGCCGGGACCUCAGUCCAAAGGGGCUUUCUGCUCAGAGGAAGACGAGGACAAGCAGAAGAGCCAGCAGGAGGCCUCUCUGUCCCAUGUGGUGGAGGAGCUCUUCUGGAUUGGCAACAGCAUUGUGGCCUUUUCCAAGUUGAGACUUGGCUACAUGGUGGAGAAAUGUAUGAGCUCCAUGCAGAUGGGAACCCAGAUGGUGAAGCUCCGCGGCGGCUCCAGGGGACUGGUGCGGUUCUUCUAUCUGGACGAACACAAGUCCUGCGUCCGCUGGAGACCCUCGCGCAAGAAUGAAAAGGCCAAGAUCUCCAUUGACUCCAUUCGUGAGGUGUGUGAGGGUAAAAAGUCUGAGAUCUUCCAGCGCUACUCAGAGGGCAGCUUCGACCCCAACUGCUGCUUCAGCCUGUACUACGGAGAGCAUGUGGAGUCUCUGGACUUGGUAUCUGGAACUGGAGAGGAGGCACGAACCUGGAUCACAGGCCUCAAGUAUCUGAUGGCAGGCAUCAGCGAUGAGGACAGCCUGGCAAAGAGACAGCGGACCCGUGACCAAUGGCUGAAGCAGACCUUCACUGAGGCUGAUAAGAACGGGGACGGCAGCCUAAGCAUCAGCGAGGUCUUGCAGCUCCUGCACAAACUCAAUGUCAACCUGCCCCGACAGAAGGUUAAACAGAUGUUUAAGGAGGCAGACACAGAUGACAACCAGGGGACGCUGGGCUUUGAGGAGUUCUGCUCCUUCUACAAGAUGAUGUCAACACGCAGGGACCUGUACCUCCUCAUGCUCACCUACAGCAAUCACAAAGACCACCUCAACACAGAUGAUCUGGCCCGCUUCCUGGAGAUGGAGCAGAAGAUGACCAAGGUGACCAAGGACCAUUGUCUGGAGAUCAUCAAAAAAUUUGAGCCGUGUUCUCUGAACCAGAGAGAAGGAGCUUUAGGAAUUGAUGGUUUUACGAAUUUCAUGCGGAGCCCAGCUGGGGACAUCUUCAACCCAGAACACUACAAUGUGAACCAAGAUUUGAACCAACCAUUGUGCAACUACUUCAUCGCCUCCUCACACAACACAUACCUGAUGGGUGACCAGCUGAUGUCACAGUCCAGGGUGGACAUGUACGCCUGGGUGCUGCAGGCUGGCUGUCGCUGUGUCGAAGUCGACUGUUGGGAUGGUCAGGACGGUGAGCCCAUCGUCCAUCACGGCUACACCCUCACUUCCAAGAUUCUCUUCAAAGACGUCAUUGAGACCAUCAACAAGUACGCCUUCGUAAAGAACGACUACCCAGUCAUCCUGUCCAUCGAGAACCACUGCAGUGUCCCUCAGCAAAAGAAGAUGGCCCAGUACCUGAUUGAGAUCCUGGGGGACAAACUGGACCUGUCCAACAUCAGAGCUGAUGAGUCCGGAAGGCUGCCGUCGCCAGAAACACUCAAGGGCAAGAUCCUGGUUAAGGGGAAGAAACUGCCUCCCAACAUCGACGAGAACGCAGAGGAAGGAGACGUGUCAGAUGAGGACAGUGCUGAUGAGAUGGAGGACGACUGCAAGCUGAUGAACGGAGAUUGGAAGACAUCCGCCAACAGAAAGCAGGUGGAGAACAUGGCCAAGAAAAAGCUUGACAACCUGAUGAAAGAGUCUAAGAUCCGAGACAGAGAGGACCCAGACAGCUUCACCAUUACAGCCCUCCCUCCAGCUGGGAAGCCCACAGAGAAGACUGGCUCGAAGGGUAAAAGUUCGGAUGGGACAGACACAGCGGACGAGGCUAAUCCAAGCAGCAACAAGCAUACAGGCCGCUCCUUCAUCGGGAGCUUCUCUAAACGCAAGAAAAAGACAACCAAGCUGAAGAAGACAUCAAGCUUUGAAGACACAGAUACAGAUCAAGAGAGCACAAGUAGUGCCUCCCGUGUCCCCUUGCACCACAGCAAAAAGAAGAAGACCAUGAAGUUGUCCAGAGCUUUGUCUGAUCUGGUCAAAUACACGAGGUCUGUGGGUCUCUAUGACAUCGAGGCACAAGCCAACUGCAGCUGGCAGGUGUCGUCACUCAGCGAGACCAAAGCCCAUCAGGUGAUGCAGCAGAAAGCUAUGUCCUUUAUCCUUUUCAACCAGCGACAGCUUUCCCGAAUCUACCCAUCCUCUUAUCGUGUGGACUCCUCCAACUUCAACCCCCAGCCCUUCUGGAACGCCGGCUGCCAGCUCGUCGCACUCAACUACCAGUCAGAGGGCCGGGUCCUGCAGCUCAACAGAGCCAAGUUUUACAGCAACGGCAACUGUGGCUACAUCCUAAAGCCUGUCUGCAUGUGUGAAGGUGCCUUUAACCCCAAUGUGGAUGACUCACUGCUGGGUCAAAUGAAGAAGCAACUGGUGUUGAAGAUCAUCAGUGGACAACAGCUGCCCAAACCCAAAGACUCUAUGUUGGGGGACAGGGGAGAGAUCAUUGAUCCCUUCGUGGAGGUAGAGAUCAUCGGCCUCCCAGUGGACUGCUGCAAGGAGCAAACCAGAGUGGUGGAUGAUAAUGGGUUCAACCCAAUGUGGGAGGAGACUCUGGUGUUUACAGUCCACAUGCCGGAGCUGGCCCUUGUGCGUUUCCUUGUGUGGGAUCAUGACCCCAUUGGCCAGGACUUCAUCGGCCAGCGCACCAUUGCCUUCAACAGCAUGAUGUCAGGCUAUCGCCAUGUGUACUUGGAAGGUAUGGAGGAGGCGUCAAUCUUUGUUCAUGUUGCUGUGAAUGACAUCACUGGUAAGGCCAGAGCACCCAGCGGCAUAAAAGGGCUGUUUCACAGAAACCCAAAGCAGGCUUCCCUGGACAGCCAUGCUGCUGCACAGCACAGCCAUAAGCACCCGUUUGGCGCCCACCUCCUGCGCCGCACUGCCAGCGCACCAACCAAAGGCCAGCCCAAAAUCAAGAAGGGCUUCCCAGAGAUCACCAUCGACACCAAAGACUACAGCUCAGAGGGCGCUAGUGAGGAGCGAGAGUCUGAAGGUUGGAACAAAGCCUCGGCUACCACCUCUUAUCAGCCCAAACCACAGCAACAACACACUGGGGAUUCACUGGCAUCCCACCAAGCCAUGGGGCCCAGGGACCAUCCUGACACCAAUGGGGCUUUUCACGCUGAGGAGGGUAAAGUCUGUUCCACAUUCCAGAGACCAGCUCCCCCUCUUCUAUUUCCUGUGCUGAACUCUGAAGAUCCCAGGAAAACACAUUUCAUCCAUUCUGUCUCCACUCUAAAAGAGAGCCUGUUUUCACAUCACACAUCAUCUACACCACUGCCCUCAUCAUCCACAGCAAUAAAUGCAGUCUCUCCAUUGACUAUUCCUUCAAGUGGGAUGGAGAAUAGUCCCAUCAAGAUGAGCUAUGACCCUGCGAAAAAUCCUAUCUUUUCCAGAACCCCGUCACACCUUCUGACAAGCCCUGCUGAGAACACUGUCUCAUUGCAGUGCAGUCAAGACACCCAGACCAACAGCAGUAAUCAUUCAUUCAUGGGGAACACAACAAAGCAGAGGGACAAACAAAGAAGUCUAACAGAGAAGGAAAAUGAUACAGCACAGUUUAAGUCUGAGUGCAAAGCAGAGGCUCCUGCUGCACUUUCCUCUGGAACCACUGCAGUAGCUGAAACUCAGACAGCACAGGCCAGGAGAGAACUUUUUAACAAUCCAUCAUCGCACGCACCAGUAAGAAGAACAAAAAGUGAGGGUCAUGUUCGGGGGGCUGUAGCUUUGGCUGGCCAGGCUCAGUCAGCCAUCCCAGAGGUCUGCACGGAUGCUACCAUGAAUGACCGCCUUUGGAGAAAGCUCGAACCAAGCAGCCACAGAGACAGCAUGUCCUCCUCCUCUAGCAUCUCUUCCAGUGACACAGUCAUUGACCUGUCCAUGCCUAACCUGUCCAGGAAAAGCCUCACCAGCCUGCCCACAGCCAUCAGCACUACCUGCAGCUCUUCCUGGGUCAACUGUCGUCAUUCAGCAAUGCUCUCCUACGAUACUUUGCGAGUCAGCAAGAGCAAGUCAAACCCCAAUCUUCAGCAAAGUCAGAGCCCCGAAGAUGAGCUUAAUCCCAGACCCCUGCAGCCCCCCCAGGGGGCUUCUAUGGACUCAUCCAUCAGACUGACUCAAAGGAGGCACACCUGGAGCAGGCUCUACAUGGAAGGGCUCAAGCAGUCAUCAGCCAGCAGGUCUUCCUCUGCAGCUACAACCCCAAUAGCUAUAACUUCCAUGUCCAAAAGCCUUGGAGAUCUGACAUCUGAUGACAUUUCCUGUAACUUUGACAGCAAGUACCGCAGCAUCAGCCGCAGCUUCAUUGUAAGGCCAACCAGGGACCAUCUCCGCAAAGGCAGUCCACAGAAGUCUCGGCCACCCAGCAACCUGACAGUGCAACUACGGAAGCUGACUGAUGUGGAGCCCCUGACUGCUAGCGACUUCGCCCCAGGAAACAGGCCUAGAGAGUCACAGGAGGAGCCUGUGGAUGAGAUGUUGGUGCGAAGGACCUCCUCCAGGAGCCAAAGCAGGGUGCGAUACAUUGCAAACAGGGCCAAGAAGGCUCAGGAACGGCAGAGGCUCCAGGGCCUGGUCCAAGGCAGAAGUGCAAGCUUUAGCCUUGCCUGUAGAAUUGGCAGUGGAAGUAGUGCUAGUCCCAUAGAGGAGCGGGGGAACCCCGAAGGGGCGUGCUGCGUGGCCCGCAGUCCCUGCACCAGUCUGGACCUGCUGAGUCAGCUCACCCCCUGUGGAUCCCCCUCUCCAAGACUGUCACAGUCCUCCCCAGACCCUGAAAACAGUGAAAUAUUUUUUAUGCUCAAACUCUAAGAACUGGCUUACUUGGAACUGUGCGUGAGAGACACGGCUAGAAACUUGUCAUGUGUUUUCUCAUUUUAAUAUCUUUUUCUCUUUUUUAUGUUGCAAAUCUUGCAGAAGGUCUCACAGAAAACUGGUUCCUAACAUGGAUCAUUUCAACAUCUGACAGAAAAAAAGUGAUCUCCUGAAUUAUCCCAUUAAUCCCUCAUUUGAGUUUGUGCAAGAUCCAUUUUAUAAGCUGUGCACUCAGAAAACCUUGUCUUGAAAAUAACAGAAGGUUCAUUUAAAAGCAACUACUGCAGCUCUGUUAUCUGUUUGCACCAAAUGUUAAAUAAUUGUCAGAAUAUAUUUACUGAAAAACUACUAGGAGUUUUUAUAUGGCUGUUAAUGUUGACUGUGAUCUAGUCUCAUGUUUGAGAAUUUUUUAAAACUUAACAUGAGCAUACAGUACCAACAGAUCACAAUGAGAGGACAUGAUUUCAAAUGAUACAAUCUUUUUAUUUACUUGAAAGGUAAUGAUUUAGUUAAUGUUGAAUAUUAAUAUGUUAUGUUAAAGCAUUAUCAUAAACCCAUCCAUCCACUCACAAUAUUUUUUAAAUGAUGGCAUGGUAUCAUAUUUAAGAUAAUGUACAGUUUGAUGCUUCAGGGCUGAAGCUUGUCUCAUGUCUUUGGAAAUAAUUGAAUGGAAUAAUUCCUACAAUGCAAGACGAAAGGUCUACAUUUUUAGUAUUCUUUGUGUAGUGGUUACAUUGUAAUUUUACUCGGCUGCCAAUAUUUGCUAACCUUUUGUGAUAUGUGGCAUGUCACAUCAUCAAGAUCCUGUACUUUAAAGAAGUGGUAGACACAAAGUUGAGCCCUUUUUAGUUUCUGCAUGUCUUUUAUGAACUGUAACAUUUAUCCUAAGGCUGUGCUUUAUUUUACAAAGAUGUUUUUUGUUUGUUUUUUUAAUUAAAGAUUUGUUAAUAUUCAAAACUCCUUUUUUGGAUCAUAUGACUGUGGUCACAAGAGCAUCGUGUCCGAAACCCUGUGUUCAGUCUGUAGCACUAAAAACAAGAUGGAAAUGAUCUGUAUCAAAGCACGUUUAUUUGUCGGCCUGCUGUAUUGUUUGCACUGCCAUGCCAGCUCUUUGUGCAAAAAUUUUAGGGGUAAUAUUUAAUUCAAACGGUGUGUAAUUCUGACCUGAAUAAACCUCAAAUGACGAUAA